UGAAACCUUUAGUAACUUGCCGAUCGCCAUUGUGUUCGUUUACGCCAAAAAAAAAAAAAAACAUGCAAUUCUAUUAUUUAUAACAUUAUGAAAUUAUUUUUUCUCCCUUAUUUAUGAAACUAUAAAAAUUGUAGUGAUUUAAAAAAAGGAAAAAUUAUUAAUAAAAAAAAAAAUGACAUCAGAACGAUAUCACAAGGCAGCUCGAGAUAAUAAUCUAGAAAUAUUAAAAGAGUCAACACGAAAAGAUUGCAAUGCCAGAGAUGAUGGGGGAAUGACACCUACAUUAUGGGCAGCUUUUGAAGGAAAUAUAGAUGCAUUACGUCUUCUUGUUGCCAGAGGGGGUGAUCCCGACAAAGCUGAUUAUUUUGGAAAUACUGCCCUCCAUCUGGCAGCAGCUCGUGGUCAUGAAUUUUGCGUUCGAUUUUUAGUUAAAUUUGGAUGCAAUAUUUGGUCAUUGGACAUUGAUAGGCACUCGGCACGUGAAUUGGCAGCAAUAAAUGGUUGGGAAAAAAUUUUACAAUUUCUCGAUCUUGCACAAGCCGAUCAGGAAAUGAAUAAAAAGAGUAAAAUAUUAAAAGCAAAAGCAGAAAAAGAUGCAGAAAAAAGAUUAAAAGAAUACUUAAAGAGGCAAAAAAUUGCAGAAAUUAAAGCGGAAAAGGAGCAAAAAAAGUUAUUGAAAGAUCGAGCAAAAAUUGAUACAGAAUCAACGAAUGAUAAUAUUCUUCCUCACAGACCGAGUAUUUUGACUUUUAAAGGGCGAGUAAAGCCAUCACCAACUUACAGUGAUAUUGUAGGUACAGGAACUGGAACCAAGAGACAAGGAAGCGCUGUUCAUAGAAAAGCCUUAGCAAGAAAGGCUGUAGAUGAUUUUAAAGUCGUUGAGAUUGAAGUGGACGGAAAGAAAUCAGUGAGAAGUCUCACUGGUCUUAGACGAGAUUCAGAAGUAAUGUAUGUAGGAACAUAUGAAACUAAUUCACAACAACAAAUUGGUAGAAGAGGGAAAAUUUCUGAUGUUUGGGGUACAUUGAGUAAAGCACAAAGUACACCAGAUUUACUUGGUGAUAGAAAAUACGAAGCGGAUGGAGAAGAUGAUGACGAAGAAUCAACGAACAUUGUGGGAGAGACAUUUCUUCUUCAAGAACCAGCCAGUAUUUUCAAUCGACCAGGUUUUGGAUCGGUGGCCUUCCGUAGAUCGGUGACUGCAACACUUGAAAAUAUUCCUGUCACUCAAGUAGAAAUUCAUCACGAGCCGAGUGGAGAAAGAGUUCGUAAUGGUUCGACAAAAGGGUCAAUAAAUAGUCAAAAAAAUGGAACGAAUAAUAUUCACAACGAAGAUAUCAGCAUCGGAAGCGCGGGAAGCUUGGCUAGAAGACAAAACAUGUGGGAUGAUGAACUAUUGUCUGAUGAUGAUGAAGAAGCGGACUGGACGGCUUUACAGAGAUUUUUGGCAGUCAAUAAUUUAUCAUCGAUUCAUUCAAUUCUAGAAGCAGAACAAAUUGAUUUAGAAGCACUACUACUUUUAACAGAAACCGAUAUUACAGCAUUGAAACUUCCACUCGGUCCUAGAAGAAAAUUAUUAGUUGCAAUCGCAAAUCACAAAGAGACCCUCGACAGUCAAAAUGCCAUCAUAGAUAGUAGAUUAUAAACUAAAAAACAUAUUUUAUAAUUAUAAUUUAUACUUUAAUAUUACAAAAAAAAUAGUUAUCUACUUUUCAGAGUAAAUUUUUCAUUAAAAUUAGAAAACAAUUUGCAGUUUAAAAAACUUUAAAUUUUUAUAAAGCUUUAAAAAUUUAGAUAAAAUAUUUUAAUAAUUAGCUUUUAGAAAAUAUCUAAUUAGAAUAAGAAAAUAACAGCACGCAUAGUUUAUUUACUUAUUUUAAAAACACAAAUUACCAUUUGUUUACGUGAUAUUUGUAUUGUGUUAGUAAAAAAAAAAAAAAAUUGUAAAUAUAGUUUAUAUUAAUAAUAAUUCGCAAAUUAUUGUAAGACGUGUUGUACAUUUUCUUAAUUUUAUUUGUAAAUAAUUAUCAUACAAACAAGAGGCAAAAAUAUACAAGCUUUUUUUUAUGUUCGCAAGAAAAUAACAGCACCAUACGUUCUUUUUUUUUUUACCAGAUAAUGCGGAUCUUAUAUAACUUUCUUCCCCAUACAAUCGUUCACGGUAUAACAUGUAUACAACGAACAAAAACAAAGUGACCUAUUGUUAAAUAAUUUCGAAGUAUAACAAUUAAUUAUUUUCAAAUUUAAACUAAAAAGAUUCAUUUUCUUUUCUAAGUAACAUUCUUCGUUGUUUGUAAAAUUCAUCAAUUAAAAUACAUAGGUGAUUAAUAUUAUUUUUUAAAACUAAAAAUAUUCAAAAACUUCCAAAUAACGAAGUUGUCAACUAAAAAUACAAUGAUUUUUAAUUUAUUUAUUCUUAAAAAUUUUUUUUUUAUUUUUAUAUUAAAAAAAAAAAGAAAAAAAUUUUUCUUUUUUAAAGAAAAAAAGUUUUUAACAAUAAUAGACGUUUUUGUCCGUAUAUACUAUUUUUUAUAGAUUACCUACUUAAUUAUUUUCUGCGUGUCCAGAGUCUGAGGAUGACUUUUGAUGCAGAAAUAAUUAUUUCUCUCACAUUCUCCAUCAACACGCUUCGAUUUGUUUUCAUAAAAUCAUUAAUUUUCCAAUUACGAAUAAUGGAGAUGAAUGCAACGAACAAUAUCGAAGAAAGCAAAGGUAUUUUUAAAAAAAUAAAACAAAUAAAUUUUUGACUUUACAUAUUUUGAACAUGGCAGAUUAAACAGAAAAUUAAAUACCUUUAUUAAUAUAAUUUAUUACAUCGGUUUAUUAAUUUUUAAUUAAUCUGUCAUAUUCAAUUUUCCUCGAUUGUGACCUUUUGCAUUGUAAUUUUUUUUAAGGAGAGUAGUUUGAUUAUAUGUAAUUCAUUUUGAGCGAAAUAGAAAUCUUGUUUGCCAGUUGCACGGUCAACUUUUUUUUGUUUUUCUUCCUAUACAAAAAAAAAAAGAAAAAUAUAAUUUAAAAAAUAAAAAAAUUGUUGCGUUGAUGAAACUUUCUUACUCUGUUUAUCGUCUUUCGUAAAUUGAAGACAAAUCGAGUAUUUCUGUUUACUUUAUUAUAUUCAUAUCUUAAAAUUAAUAAAAACGGUAAAGCUAUAUUGAUAUUCUAAAGAGACAUUUUACAGUCUAUCUGCUAAAUUUUGCAAGUAAUUUAUUUUGACUGGAAAUUAUGUUGCAAAGUAAUUCAUUAUACUUUGAAUUCGGUAACACAUUUUUUUCUCCUAUUAAUGCACAAAUGAAAAUUACUUUUUACAUUAAAAUGAUAAAAAUAUACAUAAUUUUUACCAAAAAAUUUUGAAUGUAUAUUAUAUAUAUAUAUAAACAUAUAUUGAAACAUUUCAAAUAUUACAACUUCUUUUUUUUGUCAUCGAAUUGCAAUUUGAAAUUAAUUAAUUAAAUUAAUUAAAUAUGUUUCAAUAAUUUUAAAUUAAUCAAACUAAUAAAAUAAGGACAGUGCAACGAUUUUGGCAUCAUCAGUAAACGUACUGUGCAUGCAUGUAUACAAUUUUUAAUCUAUGCGCAAUUAUUUUCUGUAACAAUAGUUAUUUCUAUAUAUACCAGACAAGACAAAAAACUAAUCGAUAGCGUAUAUCUACAAAAUCAAGAAUGUUCUUCUUUUUUUUUU